AUGGAUGCUCUGAGUAUUAAUUGUUUUUUCGAUGGGAAAGAAUUUUGGUCCCGGUACCCUGAAAACUCGUUAAGGCUAUUUCUGGGCUGCAAAAUUAAGCUUGAUUUUUUGAGUUUAUCAAAUUUUUCGAAUCCACUCACGAUUCCUCCUGUUGUUAAAAGAAUUAAAUUAUUGAAUACUGUAUUAACAAGUUAUGAAAUCCCUGGUGUAAAGAAGAUGGAUAUCAACUUGGCACCUACUGGUGUGGAAGACCAAACAUACACCUUUUCUUCUGACUUGAAGGAAUUACAAAUCAAAACUAAACGGUCGAUCAAAGUGAGUUUACCUCCGAACUUAUGGAAACUCGUGAUAAGUACACAUCUGAGUUCAGUGGAUUUUGUAUCUGAAGAAUUGCUUAAUCUAAAGGUUUUAUCACUUUCGUUGCCAAACAUUGAAUUUUUUCACGAAACUGGAAUAGUUGCUCCAAAUUUGACAAAGCUAGUCUUGACUAAUUGUGGAAAUUUGUCCAAUUAUGAUGAAUUACGACAAUUCCAUCAUUUAAAACACUUAUUGGUUGAAAAUUCUAGUUAUCCCAUAGAUUUGUUUAGUGAAGACUCUUUCCCCAAGCUAGACAAAUUGGAAUACCGUGGAUGUUACAUGCCAAAUUUA